AUGGCCAACUGUAUGAGGGCCCAUGAAAUCAUCCCUGGGAUUGCAGAAGGUGAUCUUGUGGCCAGUAAAGUCGCCCUCAGCUUCUGGGGAGGGGUGAGCCCCCGGAACGGUAUCGUGAUCGAUAGUCAUCACCCACUCGUCGGAAAGUCGAUCGCUGGGAAAAUUCUCGCGAUACCUAGCGGCCGUGGCUCAUGCACGGGGAGUGGUGUCAUUCUUGAGCUGCUGUUGAAUGGAAGCGCUCCAUGCGUCCUCAUCUUUGGGCGUGAGGAGAUGAUUCUGACAAUCGGAGUCUUGAUAGCCCAGGAGAUGUUUCAGAAGAGCAUUCCCGUCUUACAAAUACCGAUGUCAUCGUUCGACACACUUCUACAACUUGAUCGCCUUCGAGUCGCUGAUGGCCAGAUUCAGUGGGGAGACUCCUUGUAUGAUGGAGCGUUGAACCAGCCAGUCACUCCGUGCCCAAUUCUUCGGCAACCCGACUUCGCCACUAUCGAAUUAACUCCAUUCGAUCGUGAGCUACUCCAAGGCGUACAUGGGGAGGCUGCUCAAAUGGCGAUGCGGGUCAUUCUCCGCAUCGCCCGGAUCCAUGGCGUGACGGAGCUGAUAGAUGUGAAGCAGGCGCACAUCGACUGCUGCAUUUACACGGGCCCAGCAACCUUGAAGUUCGCUCAGAAGUUGUGCGAUAUGGGGGCAAAAGUCCGCAUUCCUACCUCUUUGAAUUCAAUUUCCAUCGACAGGCGCCUAUGGCGCUCACAAGGUGUUGAUCCCGACCUGGGGGAGCCUUCAGAACAAUUGGCAGAAGCUUUUUUGAAGAUGGGAGCACAGCCAACAUUCACAUGUGCACCAUAUCUCCUAGAUACUGCGCCAAAAGCAGGCGAGAAUAUUAUGUGGGCCGAGUCUAACGCCGUGGUCUUUGCCAAUAGUGUUCUCGGUGCGAGGACUAUCAAAUGUCCUGACUAUCUGGACGUGUGCGUUUCUCUGACCGGGCGAGCACUCAACACGGGCUGUCAUCUCACGGACAAUCGCAAAGCUCGAGUGGAAAUCCACAUGGAAUCCGUGCAGGAUACCGAUGAUACACUUUUCGCGCUUCUUGGGUAUCUAGCCGGCGACAUUGCUGCUGAUCAUGUGCCCAUCAUUACCGGGUUGGAAAAGAAGGGAGCUACCAUGGAUGAUCUCAAGGCAUUUGGUGCAGCAUUUGCAACUACAUCUAGUGCCCCGAUGUUUCACAUCGCGGGAAUUACUAUUGAGGCUCGUAGCCUCUCCGAUAUUGCAUCUCAUCUGAAGGAGACGUCGAAAGUGACGAUCACACUUCCUGAGCUAGCAAAGCAAUGGCUUCGGUUUAGUCCCUGCGAAGAUGGUGAAACUUCUACGGCUAUUGACCUUGUAUCACUUGGAAACCCCCAUUUUUCAUUUGAUGAGAUCGUGAAACUAGUACGGCUUUGUUCAGGUCGCAAGAAGGAUGAAAGGACAACCUUGGUGGUGACAUGUAACCGCGACACGUAUUCAAAGGCUGCUCAAGAAGGCCACAUUACAACCCUGGACGACUUUGGCGCUCAGAUUCUAACUGAUACCUGCUGGUGCAUGAUUCAAGAACCAGUUAUUCCACCACAUACACAAACGAUUCUGACCAACUCGGCCAAGUACGCCCACUAUGGAAAAGGAUUGACCGGUCGGAAAGUUUGGCUUAGAAGUCUCGCACAAUGUGUGGAUGCUGUAUGCUCAGGCUGUGUACAUAAUUCCUUGCCUGCCUGGCUUGGCGGCACAAUCCUCCCAUAG